CCUGAUAAAUAGUUUUGCUGUUUUAAAGUUGUCAAUUUCGUAAAGAAGGACAAUGCCUUUUAUAAAUAAAAAAGUGUGACAAAGAAUUUCAUCAUUUAAAGUAAAUUUAUACUAAUGUAAUAAAACAAAUAAAAUGUUCCUUUGCUCUUAAUAUAAUCAACGGAUGCAGAAGUGAAAGCUAUGCUAGAAGACUAUAUCAAUAAUAUACUAUGGCCGUCGGUGGUGGUGGCAAUGCUAGGGUUAGCCGCUGGUCUGUUAGGCGAUAGUCAUCACCCACCACUUAAUGAUAUUAUUACUACACAAGAUAUAAUAGCAGGCGAUGUAUUUUUUGAAAUAACAGAGCCAUUCCCGCUUGAAUACACUUACCGGUUGCGACCAGCUAAGGACUUUGGAGCAUCGUUUUCUCGACGAAUGGAGGGCGUUGCACUAGUGCCAACGAUUCCCGCAGAAGCAUGUGCAAAAAUUAUAAAUGCGAUGGCAUUACGCGGUAAUGUUGCUCUUAUUGACCGAGGAGAAUGCUCCUUUCUAACAAAGACAAUUAACGUGGAAGUAGCUGGAGCCAAUGCAGCUAUAAUCACCGAAUUUAAUAACGAAUCUAGCGAAUUCGAUUAUUACAUAGAAAUGAUACACGACAACACAAACCGCGAAACCCAUAUUCCUGCGGGAUUUCUUUUAGGCAGAAAUGGCGUCGUCAUUCGAAAUACUUUGAAACGCCUAAAACGUUCACACGCCCUCGUCAACUUACCUGUCAAUCUCACUUUCACUCCUCCAUCUAAAAUAAAUCAUCCACCAUGGUUAGGUUGGUAGAGUUCAAGGUUACUUAUGAACAUCAUGAAGAUGAACAUUGUUUUAUCAAAAAAAGUCAGUCUAGUGUGUAAACCAACUUCGUAAUUGGCAUCAUUUGAUACCGCCUUUUUCAAACGUUUAUGUUCGCCAAACCACACCUUGUUCACAUAAAUUUUAUUACAGUUUAGA